AUGGAUGGCACUGCAAUUACAUAGUUAAAAUCUUAACUAUAGAAAUUAAAAGAAGAGAAGGAAGAAUUAUAAAAUGAUGUUUAAGAAGAAAGAGUUGUUGUUGCUCAAAUGUAAUAAGAAUUAGCAUCUCUAAAAUAAUAAUAAUAAAUUUAAGGAGGGCAAUUAAGAGAUAAAGAAUUAGCUAUCUAAGAUUAUAAUCGUAUGAUUAAAGAAAGUGAAACCAUUUUAAAAAAACUAAUUGAAACAUCUAGUAAUUUUCUAAAGACCUUAGAAGGAGAGACAAAUAAAUUAAAGAAUUAAAAAAAGUGA